AUGCAUGUGUAUUCAUGUGCUGGACCAACAAGCACAUCGCAAGAGAACAACUGUGUUACUAUGCCUGGUGUUAGCUCUGCAUCUGGUUGAAUGUGUGGUAAGUCCAUCUGUCUGUCAGUGGCAAACUACUUUGCCAGUACACAUGAUGAACGAAAGCUUCUACUCUGAUCGGUGCUUAUAACCUCUCCAAGCAUGUCUACCUUAUCAUGUUGUUCUGUCAGCUGUACAAUGGUGAUCUCCUUGUUUGGAUAUAUUCAUUUGAAGACACUCUACAGAUCCUUCCUAUCUUCACUUGCUAUAAAAUAAAAUAAAAACAGCUGUUUAGGGGGCAGACAAAUACUUUCUGAACACAAAUUCAAAACUGGUCAGAUCCUUAUUUUCACUCUGAUCAAGUACUUGGUACCAUCAGGACCUACAUGUCUGUAAUCUCUCUCAUGACCCCCCUGCAAACAAAUGUCUCAUAUCAUCAGUCAGUUGGCCAAACCAUGCUCUUUACCUCUCGGGCAGUUAAAACCUUUCUCAUUAACUGAACAGAGAUGCUGUGAUUUUGUUGUUGUUGUUUACCUAUGAAACCAUUUGCUCGCUCAAACGGAAAGCACCAGAAACCCUAUCCUGGACCAUAGUCCAAAACACAUUUCCCUCAAGUGGCAAUGGAGGUGCAUAUUUGGUGUGCAAUGCUGUUUUCCAUACAACCUUGCAAAGCUCUCACAGAACGGUUGUAAGUGGCGAUGAGCCUCUCCAUCCCAAUUAAUUUUGAUACAGCUUGUACAGCCCUGCUUAGCUAUGAUAUUUGUCACUGAGUAUUACCAAUGUGUUACCGUGAGAAUGAUUGUUGAGCGAUCUCCACUUAAAAACUAGAAUAGAUUCACUGUUGAUAUCGAAGUCAUUCCAUAUGGUAGGUUUAACAGAACAAAUUAAAUGUGACCAUACUUGAUCACUCAUAUAUCAAUGAUGCUAUUUAGGUCUAUAUAGUAUUUGCAAGUUAUCAACAGAUAUUGUUUCAAUUCAACGCAGACGUAAAAAUAUAUAUAUAUAUAUAUAAUAAUAGACAAUAAUAACUGUCAACGCAAACAAACAUCAAUAUUUGAAGGAUAUGUAUAUUCUGCUGGAUAGUUCCUUCUGUGCCACUGACUUAGUUUGGCUUUAAUUACAGUUUGUCUACAAAUUAAUUAUUGAUAUGUUGGAUUCAAGUCUCCAUCUCAACCAAACAUCUAAGUUAAAGAAUAGGACUAAAUCAAAUCAACAGUACAUUUAAAGUUUGAUUUGAUUUAGUCCUAUUCUUUAAAUUAGAUUUUUGGUUGAGAUGGAGACGUGAAUCCAACAUAUCAAUUAUCAAUUUGUAGACAAACUGGAAUAAUUAAAGCCAGAGUAAGUUAGUGGCACAGAUGGAACUAUCUGUGGAGAUAUUCACGAUUGCUGCAAUAGUCUGUGCAGAAUCUCGAACGGCAUUGACGACUUGCAUCAUGUACUAAUCUCAACCGCAAUCCAGGUUAUUUGGUUCUGCUAUUAGAUGAAGCACAGUGAUAACACAUUAAUCAGUUGUAUAAAUAAACAAAGUAUCUGACAUUGUAUUGUCAUUUGAACUUUGCUGGGCUUUUAAAUGGUUGAAAGCGCAGUGAUAGGUAUUUGGGUGAUAACUAAACAAAAAAUCUGACAUUGUUUUUCCACUGGAAUUUGGUUGUGCUUUUAGAUGGUUGAAAGCAUAGUGAUAAAACAUACAAAAUUCAACUAACUUUUGGCUCUCUUUUUGAGUGGGUGAAUAUAGGUUGUUAUCUCAUUGAUCAACGUCUCAACCAAAUAUUACCCAAUUAUCUACGUGGAAAUGAUUUGGUGUGCCCAGUGGGUAGACAUGAAUGCUAAUGUAUGACUGCAUCCCAAAUAGCAUCCGUUGCCCUAUGUAGUCCACUACUUUUAACAAGGGCCCAUAGGGCAUUUUGGACACAGCUUUAUCAAAUAACAGCAUGUAAAAUCAGGGUUUCAUCUCGCUGUACCCUGUUGUACUCCUGGACAAAUUGUGAAAUCUGUCUAGGGUUUAUCUAUCUAGACUUUGUUUCUGUGUACCCCUGCUUUUUCUGGCUGUACCGCUGGCCAUAUGAAAAAAUCUAUCUCAACUUUGUCUAUCUAGGGUUUGUCUGGGGAUCUGAGCGCUCCAGCCGGUGACUUUGGUGCCCCAGACUAUUUUUUAUCCCUUUAACACUCCGGCAUAAUGCAAUCCCUGCCCUGCAAACCACCAACAUCCACCAGCCAUGCGCCAGACAGUCAUCCAUUCGGCAAGGCCUUAAUAAACUCACCAUAGAGAGAAAGAGAGAGAAAAACACAAUCCCUACAUCCUCUCUGUCCUCUGCAGCCCGAUGGAGAAGAGUACUCUAAAGUAUGUCUGCCUACCAAAUGGCAUCCUCAGUACUAGAGUUAUUUUUAGUUAUUUGUAUCAUGUGGACACUCACUGCUAACUGACAGGCAGGCCCCCACACAUCUCUCCAUUCCUUCCCCUCUCUACAGGACAUUGCAGUCAUUUUCAUCUGGCCUUCAUUAUUCCCGCACACACACACACACACACACACACACACACACACACACACACACACUGCAGACAUACACAGGCAGAUAAUGGCGUAACUGAUUUUGUACAUAAUGUUUCUGCCACUGUCUCUUAUGACCGAAAAUAGCUUCUGGAUAUCAGGACAGCGAUUACUCACCUCGUGCUUUUUUUAACGUGUCGGGCGUGAAGGAUUUACUUCAGACACUCGACAAGAUCCAAAUCCCCGUCAUUCGCAGUGGAGAAAGAGACGGAGAUAUCGGGGACGUAGGUCAGGGUGCCUUGUAAGGAUCCGGCGGCGAGUGGGUCAUCUGCCUCUACCAUCAGUCCUGUUAGCCAACGUACAAUCAUUGGAAAACAAAAUAGAUGAGUUAAGAUCACGAAUAUCUUUCCAAAGGAACAUUAAAAACUGUAAUAUCUUAUGUUUCACCGAGUCGUGGCUGAACGACAACAUGGAUAACAUACAGCUGGUUGGGUUUACGCUGCAUCGGCAAGAUAGAACAGCUGCCUCCGGUAAGACAAUGGGUGGUGGUCUGUGUAUAUUUGUAAACAACAGCUGGUGCACGAAAUCUAAUAUUAAGGAAGUCUCUAGGUUUUGCUCGCCUGAGGUAGAUUAUCUCAUGAUAAGCUGUAGACCACACUAUUUUCCAAGAGAGUUUUCAUCUAUAUUUUUCGUAGCUGUCUAUUUACCACAACAAACUGAUGCUGGCACUAAGACCACACUCAAUGAGCUGUAAAAGGCCAUAAGCAAACAGGAAAACGCUUGUCUGGAGGCGGUGCUCCUGGUGACUUUGAUGUAGGGAAACUUACAUCCGUUUGACCUCAUUUCUACCAGAAUGUUAGAUGUGCGGCUAGAGGAGGGAAGGCUCUGGAUCCCCUUUGCUCCGCACACGGAGACACAUACAAGGCUCUCCCUCGCCCUCCAUUUGGCAGGUCUGGCCAUAAUUCUAUCCUCCUGAUUCCUGCUUACAAGCAAAAACUAAAGCAGGAAACACCAGUGACUCGGUCAAUAAAGAAGUGGUCAGAUGACGCAGAUGCUAAGCUACAGGACUGUUUUGCUAGCACAGACUGGAAUAUGUUUCUUCCGAUGACAUUGAGGAGUACACCACAUCAGUCAAUAAGUGCAUUGAUAAUGUCGUCCCCACAGUGACUGAACGUACAUACCCCAAACAGAAACCAUGGAUUACAGGCAACAUCCGCACUGAGCUAAAGGGUAGAGCUGCCGCUUUCAAGGAGAGGGACUCUAACCCGGAUGCUUAUAAGAAAUCCCGCUAUGCCCUCCGACGAACCAUCAAACAGGCAAAGUGUCAAUACUAAGAUUGAAUCGUACUACACCGGCUCCGACACUUGUCGGAUGUGGCAGGGCCUGCAAACUAUUUCAGACUACAAAAGGAAGCACAGCUGCGAGCUGCCCAGUGACACGAGCCUACCAGACGAGCUAAAUUACUUCUAUGCUCGCUUCGAGGCAAGCAACACUGAAGCAUGCAUGAGAGCAUCAGCUGUUAUGGACGAAUGUGUGAUCACUCUCUCUGUAGCUGAUGUGAGUAAGAACUUUAACCUCUUAAGGAUCAGACCCUUUUUUUCAAUUUUCGCCUAAAAUGACAUACCCAAAUCUAACUGCCUGUAGCUCAGGACCUGAAGCAAGGAUAUGCAUAUUCUUGAUACCAUUUGAAAGGAAACACUUUGAAGUUUGUGGAAAUGUGAAAUUAAUGUAGGAGAAUACAACACAUUAGAUCUGGUAAAUUAUAAUACAAACCAAAAAACAUGCGUUUUUAUUUUAUUGUAUUUUUUUAUUAUCAUCUUUGAAAUGUAAGCGAAAGGCCACAAUAUAAUAUUGCAGUUUAGGCGCAAUUUAGAUUUUUAGCAGUGUGUGUGCAAAGAGGCGCAAUUUAGAUUUUUAGCAGUGUGUGUGCAAAGUUUCAGAUUGAUCCAGCAAAGUAUUGCAAUACUGGACUAUUUUGUAUCAAGCCUGCCCAAAUGUGCCAUAUUGGUCAAUUGAUACAUUUUCAAGUACAUAACUAUAGAGAACAGAUAUGGUAAUACAACAUGUAAGUUUACACACUCCCAGGAAUGUCAUACAUGAUGGAUCAUUAGCUUAUGCACUAACUUUCAGACAUCUAGAUGGCCGGGCAGGGUGGGUUUGGAGCCAGAGACAGCAGGUGUUCAAACUGUAGAACCCAGUACCUACAUUUGAAAAUAAAAAUUGAUUUUAUCAAACUAAACUAUGCUACUUAACAGCUUCUACCCCUAAGCCACAAGACUCCUGAACAGCUAAUCAAAUGGCUACCCAAACUAUUUGCAUUGUCACUUUAACUCUACCUACAUGUAGAUUACCUCGACUAACCUGUGCCCCUGCACAUUUACUCUGUACCGGUACCCCCUGUACAUAGCCUCGCUACUGUUAUUUUACUGCUGCUCUUUAAUUAUUAUUAUUAUUAUUAUUAUUAUUAUUAUUAUUUUUCUAUUAUAAUUUUUUUACUCAUCAAUUUUUUACUUAACACUUAUUUUUCUUAAAACUGCAUUGUUGGUUAAGGGCUUGUAAGGGCAUUUCACUGUAAGGUCUACACCUGUUGUAUUCGGCGCAUGUGACAAAUACAAUUUUAUUUUAUUUGAUGAUGUAUGUUCAGCUUGGCUCUUAUCGGCAGGCCCGUUUCAUGUCUUGACAAAAUCGACUCAAAUUACAAAUGGCGGAGAGUCAUGAACAUUUCUGAGUGAAUAUCUUUAAUGAACGAUAAAUAAAUGAUCCCUGACUGCACUGGAAUCUAAUGCAUUAGAAGGCCCUCUCUGCAUGGCGGUGCAGCCAUAGCAAAUAAUUAUGUCUGUAACAGAAGUGGUCUUCCUGGUAGGUUUAGUCUAGUUAGUUUCAGUAUUGGCCAUUUCAUUUUAUGUUAUGACUUCUAUGUCACUCUGGCUGUUCCUGACUACUGGAAUAUAAUGCAUUACAAGUAUCAGAAGUACACUCCACAUAAAGUUGUAGCCAUAGCCCCAAAAUAUGCUGUCUCUAACAACAUAGAUUGGUCUACCUUACAGGUUCAGCCUCGGUAUUGCCCAUCUGAUGUGGUGUUAUGACUUCUGUGUCAGUCUUAUUGUGCCCAUGUGACCUAACAGACGAACACUGUCUUCCCCUACAGUGUUUGAUGUCAGUGUAAGGACCCGCAGACUGUUGUCACUUUUAUCUCCUGGCAUUAGAAAAGGACCGGUCACCAUAUGCAUCAUAGUGGUUCACACACUUUAGCGACUGUGAUAUAUUAGCUCUUGCUAAACCAAGAAGUCAAUGGUUAAAUUAGCACUCUGACUGCGGGCUAAACGAUUGUGUUUGUGAAGGGCCUCCUUUGGACAUGUAAGUGGUUCCAUCUCCCAUAGUGAGGAGUUGUUUACUUUCUCCCCACUUCCUGACAUAGCUACACUACAUUUUUGUCAUUUAGCAGACGCUCUUAUACAGAGCGACUUAAAGUUAGAGAGUGCAUACAUUUUUCAUACUGGCCCCCCGUGGGAAACGAACCCACAACCCUGGCAUUGCAAGCGCCAUGCUCUACCAACUGAGCCACAGGGGACACUACACAUCCUGAUGCUGAUCAUACCACUCACAUGUAUAAUGCACAUUUAAACCAUAUAAUAAUAGUCUGGUAUCUCAAUAUUGAUUGAGACAGGUUCUUUCCAGCAUUCUCCAACACCCAUGGGAAGUGUAAACAGCACAUUUUAUUGUGUGCUUUGUAUGGUUGAUGGGUUGUCAUUACCUUAAUCCUGAUUCCUGAUUAGGAGAGUACAAACUCAAUGGGAAUUGGGAACUUUGACUCCCUACCUAAUUACAGGCUUUGAGGUUUACCAGAGAAAAGGACCGUUUGCUCAAAUCAAGAGGUAAGCCUUGCAAUCAGCCAGCACCUUUUUAAGAAGGGAUUCAUUUGCAAGGUACAGUUUUGAUUAGAUUUGGCCCUGGCACCUUUUCGCACUGUUCAACUUAAUGUUGUCUAAUACAGAAGGGAACAGGAGGGGGGGGAGUCCAUUUUUUAAAUGUCCCCUGCUGUUUUGUAUUUGUUUAAUUGAGAUGAUAAUUUUGAUUGGAAUUCAAUACCCUGUUAAUGCCAAUGCAAAUCGGCUGACAACUGGACCGUGACUCCAAAACACCCCUGGGGUGCUGUCCUGUAGUCUGGGUAGCAGUAUUUUUAGCUAACAUUGACAAGGAGUGGAAUGUAAUAGCUGAACAGAGACGGCAACCAGGCUAGCUGUCCUGCAGGACUACUGAAGUUCUUUGUCAGUACAUUAUAUCACAAAGUAUCACAGCCAACAAGGCUUGCUGCCUUACUGCAGAGCUGUCUGUCUGUCACUCUCUGGGAGUCUACCUCACAUGCUCACUCACAGGGAGUCUACCUCAUCAAUAAUGGCUACCUCAUACUGUAUGCUCAAUAAUAGGUACCUCAUGCUUCAAAAUGGCUACCUGAUAUGUUUCAUAAUGGCUACCUUCAGUGGAGGGUAAAUGCAGGUAAAUAACAUUUACAUUCAUUUACCUUUUAUCUUUUGCACGAGUGUUUACCCACCUUGGAAAAAUGCAUUGAAAAUGUAGGGAGCGUUACUUUAUUUACCGGGAAUGGCGAUCAGCGUUUACCCACAUUUUUUUAACACUACAUCACUGGCUACCUAUGCUCAAUGAUGGUUGGGUAGAUACAUCUGCGAUGCAAUAUGAAAAUGGUGCUGCUAGUAUGAAGCAUUAUUUCUGUGAAGUCAAAAUAACCUGUUAAUGUGGCUAGCCCCUUGACGUUUGACAUGUUAAUUCAUGUAGAAGAUGAGAAUAUAAAUAAUGAUUGAACUCUUCUGGUUUUGUUAGAUCACUGUAUAAAUUACACUGUGUUACCUUUCACUUUGUACUGUAUAUGUUCUUUAAAUGCAAUGUUCUUUGUCAUGUGUUUGUUGUACAGUUAUAGUGCCCUGAUUUGGUAAAGCACACUCUUAGAAAAAAAAGUUCCUUAUAGAACAUAAAUUCCUUGCUUCAUAUAUGGAACCCCUAAAACGUCUAUAUAGAAUCCUUGUAGGGGUUAUUGUCACGAUCGUCGUUAAUAGAGGAGGACCAAGGCGCAGCGUGGAAUGCAAACAUUUUAUUUAAUUUGAAUGAACACACGAACAAAACAACAAAACGAAAACGUGACGUCCCUGGUUACAUACACGAACCAACACGGAACAAGAAACCACAAUGAAUGAAUGCCUAACGGCUACCUAAGUAUGACUCCCAAUCAGAGACAACGAGCUACAGCCGUCUCUGAUUGGGAGCCAUCCUGGCCAACAUAGAUAUACAAAAAACUAGAAUACCCAAAGGAAACUCACACCCUGGCUCAACAUACAAGUGUCCCCAGAGCCAGGGCGUGACAGUACCCCCCCCUAAAGGCGCGGACUCCGGCCGCGCCAACCAAACACCACAGGGGAGGGACCGAGUGGGCACUCCACCUUGGCGGCGGAUCCGGCUCCGGGCCUGAUCCCCACUCCCUCUCCAACCCCCCAAAGUACCCCUGGUCCGGCGUGAAGCAGCUGACCGGUGCUGAACCAGGCACCAGUGGAACAGGCACGGGCUGUGCCGGACUGACGACGCACACCACUGGCUUGGUGUGGGGAGCAGGAACGGGCCGAGCCGGGCUGACGAAACGCACCCCUGACUUGGUGCGGGGAGCAGGAGCGGGCCGGACCGGGCUGACGAAGCGCACCACUGACUUGGUGCGGGGAGCAGGAACGGGCCGGACCGGGCUGACGAAGCGCACCACUGACUUGGUGCGGGGAGCAGGAACGGGCCGAGCCGGGCUGACGAAGCGCACCACUGACUUGGUGCGGGGAGCAGGAGCGGGCUGGACCGGGCUGACGAAGCGCACCACUGACUUGGUGCGGGGAGCAGGAACGGACCGAGCUGGGCUGACGAAGCGCACCACUGACUUGGUGCGGGGAGCAGGAACGGGCCGAGCCGGGCUGACGAAGCGCACCACUGACUUGGUGCGGGGAGCAGGAACGGGCCGAGCCGGGCUGACGAUGCGCACCAUUGGCCUGGUGCGGGGAGCAGGAACAGGCCGGACCGUACUGGGGACACACACCACUGGUCCUACACAGGGAUCUGGAAUGGGCCAGACCGGACUGGUAAUACACCCCAGUACCUCUCGCCGUGCCUCUACACCUUCCAUCCCCUCUUCGACCAGUGGCCCCCGUAACCUGGCGGCCUCCUCUGCCAACCCGCUGGGCCGCUCUGCCGCGGUCUCCUGCUGGCCCGUCGUCCACGGCGUUAGCCCCCCCCCCUAAAAGUUUUCUGGGCGUCUCUCCUACCCGUGGACCAGGUCUCCAUGUCCCUCGCCAGCCUUUCGCCCUUCUGCUUCCAUGUCAAGCCCUUCUCUUCCUCACCCGGCUUGACCCAGUCGAGGAGGCGAAGGAGAUCUGCUAGAGAUGUCCCUGGCGAUGGCUCCUGGACACGCUGCUUGGUCCAAUCUUGGUGGUUUCUUCUGUCACGAUCGUCGUUAAUAGAGGAGGACCAAGGCGCAGCGUGGAAUGCGAACAUUUUAUUUAAUUUGAAUGAACACACGAACAAAACAACAAAACGAAAACGUGACGUCCCUGGUUACAUACACAAACCAACACGGAACAAGAAACCACAAUGAAUGAAUGCCUAACGGCUACCUAAGUAUGACUCCCAAUCAGAGACAACGAGCUACAGCCGUCUCUGAUUGGGAGCCACCCUGGCCAACAUAGAUAUACAAAAAACUAGAAUACCCAAAGGAAACUCACACCCUGGCUCAACAUACAAGUGUCCCCAGAGCCAGGGCGUGACAGUUAUUUUUCAGAACCUUAGAGGUUCUACUUUACUGAACCAGAGUGGUUCCAAAUAGAACCCUGCAUGGUGCCAUUUAUGAAUUAUGACUACUACUAAUCUUUUUUGCUAAGAAUAUAAAUUAAUAAACUAUUAAAUAAUGGACAAAAGAAUAUCAGAUUUGUUUUAAAUGUAUUGUCAUUAUAUGCAAAGAUAGUUGGGAAAUAGGCACUGAUGGCCAGGGAGGCAUCUCUUUGGUGAAUGAUGGCUCACGUCAACUCUGCCUGACUUCUUUAAAAUAAAAUACCAGACAAUAAAAUAAAAUACAAUGCAAUACAAUACAACUUUGUCCAUUAGUUACAGCGAACAACAAAAGUUUGUCUUCUGCCCUGUUCUCAACCCCCCCCCCCCCCCCCCCCAAACAGCAGACCUCACACAUACAGUUGAAACGAGCACAGGUUCAAGCUGCAGUGCAGCGCCCCUGGAUGGAGAGAAUGUUGUAGGGUUAAGGGCAUUGCUCAAGGGCCCAACAGUAGGGGAAUAUUUUGAGGAUGUGAACCCAGUUGUCAGAUCAAUUCUGCCUGUUUUUUCCAGGCCCGCCCAGGAUUCGAACCGGCCAAACAUGAAAUAAUAUUCAGAAAUAAGCAAAAUGAAGACAAAAUGCUAUGCAGACAUAUCAUUUUUAUUAUUAUGAUGUAGAAGAACAACUUACAUGCAGUUGUUGUCAGCAGCAGCCGAAAGAAAGAUCCUCUGCCUCUGAUAGUUCUGGGUUACUGCCAGACUGAGCAAAACAUAGAUAGUGUGUUAAAAGUCAUGUAAUGAUUAACUAGGCUAUUGAAUCACCAAGACUUAUUAUACAUAAUUUAUUAUAAAUAAUUGAUGCAUUAUACCCUCUCAGUCAGCAAUAGUCUUCUAAUGGCUUCAUGAAACAGUCCCCUCAAUUGACUCCACACUGAAAUACUGAAAUAAAAGUAACAAUCAGCUAAUUGCCAAUGUCAAGCUGGGUCUGUAGCUAACUGUGUCGGACGUCACCUGCCAUUUUUCUAACCAGGAGAAAUUAUGCAGCAGCAUCAUUAAUAUGGAUAUAAAUGUCAAUGCAAAACAGCUGAAACAAAUUAAAAAGGAAUUUCAAAGUUUGAUGUGACAUUAUUUAUUUUUUUAGCUGUUGUUUUUUAAAAUCCCCAUUACACUCUGGGGUAUAGGGAUAGAACCCUCAAGGUUCUUUGCCUUCAUUGGGUAUAUACAGUGAGCUCCAAAAGUAUUGGGACAGUGAACAUUUAUUUUGUGGUUUUGGCUCUGUACUCCAGCACUUUGGAUUUAGAAAUUACAACACUUUUUGUACAUAGUCCCCCCAUUUUAGGGGACCAAACGUAUUGGGGACAAAUUCACUUGUGUUUGUUAAAGUAGUAACAAGUUAAGUAUUUGCUCUAUUUCCAUAGCACGCAAUGACUACAUCAAGCUUGUGACUCUACACAUUUGUUGGAUGCAUUUGCUGUUGGUUUUGGUUGUGUUUCAGAUUAUUUUGUGCCCAAUAGAAAUUAAUGGUAAACAUUGUAUUUUGGAGUCACUUUUAUUGUAAAUAAGGAUAUAAUAUGUUUCUAAACACUUAUACAUUAAUGUGGAUGCUACUGUGAUUAUGGAUAAUCUUGAAUGAAUCGUUAAUAAUGAUGAGUGAGAAAGUUACAGACGCACAAAUAUCAUACCCCCCAAAAAUAAAUGCUAACCUCCCAUGUUAUUGCAAUGGUGAGAGGUCUUGGGGGUAUGAUAUUUGUUGUUUCUGUAACUUUCUCACUCAUCAUUAUUUACGAUUCCUUCAAGUGCUUUCGUCUUUAAAGAGUUUAUAAGGAUUUCACUAACCCCAAAAACUUGAAUCUCAAAAAAGGCUGCAGUUUUAGAUGCUUCACGUUUAUAAAUCCCAGGCUAAAGCUUUGAAUAUGACAUUUGGAAUAUGUUACAUUGAAGACUCGCAGGUUUGUCUAUGUGUUAGCAUACCAGCAGCCUACUUACAACUAAUAGACUAUGCUUCCUAUGCUUCUCUACAGAAUAUCUCCACAUUUUCUAAUAUUUUGGACUGAGAUUUAGCACUUAUUCAAUAUUUCAGUUUUAAACUUGCUAUAACUUUAGAGGGUAACUUAUACAAUAAUGCUGGUUAUGCAAUACAUUUAAAGUAGAGCUCUGAUAUUUUGUCUCUGGUUUCUCUUACAGCUUCAUUCCAACUCAGACAAAGGGGACGGCUCCGUAAGGUACAUUCUGAGCGGGGAAGGCGCUGGGAGUAUAUUCAUCAUCAACGAGGUGACUGGAGAUAUUCAUGCAACGGAGAGCCUGGACCGGGAGAGGAAAGCACACUACGUCCUCCACGCACAAGCCUUUGACCGCAACACUGAAAAGCCCCUGGAACCGAAGUCAGAAUUCAUAAUCAAAGUCCAGGACAUCAAUGAUAACGCCCCCAAAUUUCCAGAUGGUCCUUUUGUAGCUGCUGUGCCUGAGAUGUCUGGAGUGGGUAAGGACAGCCCAGUAAUUUGUUACCUGCUUCCAAUAAGUUUACUUGAAUUUGUAUUUACUAGAUAAGAGUUGGCGGCCAUUUUGGCUUUAUAGGUGUGUAUCCUUUAUCUAGGAAUGUAUUUUACCCAUAACAUAUCUAAGAAUUAAGUUUAAAUUCACAACUUGUUAUUAUUUAAACUAUUUAUGUUUUAUUCAGAAUUCAACAGAAUCUUAAACGUCUGGCACGUAUGUAUUCAUGUACAACAACAGGAUUAUAAAAACCUGCAAAAUGCUCUGUGUUAUACCUUCCCUUUCCUCUCAGUUGGUUCAUCUUGUUUCAUUUCCAUUUUCAUAUUUUCACAUGCCAGUGGAGUCUUCCCUCCUUCCUCUUUCUCUUUUUUGUUUAUAUUUUCCAACUCUCGCUCUUACUCUCUCUCUCUGACGGUUCCCCUGGAUGGGGAAGGGAAGGUCUUUAUGAAGCACUCAAUAGUGCUCCCCGUCAUCUCUCCCUCCAUCCCUCUCUCUGACUGCCGAGACUGCAAGCCUCUGGAAGCCUCCACAUCAAGGAGAGAAAGCCUCCACUCGCCUCCUCUGAGGACUUGCUCCUGAUAUGCCCAGCAUCUUGUGGCAGCAUCUUUGUUAGUCUUUUUUAAUUAUACCGUUCAGUUUUUAGCUUGUGACAAACAAAAGCGGUGGUUUUCUCAGUCCAAUUAAUUUCUCCCUGCCUGGAAACCAAAUGGCUCAACAAAAAAAAUUGUGCUGAUAAUCAUGUUUUUGGACUCUUGGAUAGAUUUGUGAAAGUUGGUGUCAUUUUCAAUGAUUGAUCUAUCAAUGCCACUUUUUGUGUUCUUUGAACCAGUUUCCUCCUCUCUGUCCACAUGUCCAAAUUCCCCCAUUGGUUAAUCUUUUUGAGCUUCUUAGGUGUUUUGAAAAAUGACAAAGUGGUGGCCUGGGGUGGUCUAGCGAAUAGGGCCGCUGUCUUCGUUGCGUUGCAAUGGACUUGAACAGCUUUGCCAGUUUGCUCAGUGUAGACCUGGGGACUGUCCAAAAUAUAUUAACCUCAGUAAACCCCAGGAGACUUGUAAGGGCCUUUUACAUAAACAGUCAAUAUGCCCCUUGAUGCCUUCUUGCAUUUUUAUGAGCAAACAUGCAUGCCUUAGAGCUGUGACGGUAAAAAUCUGUCUACAAAGCCCCUGCAUGCAUGUUUUAAUCCUCUAUGAGGCCCUGUUACACACUGGACAAUAGUAGUUUAGUAACCUCAAUGGAAAUGUUUGCUAGACGAUAAAAGCUGACAGGAAUGUUUGAUGUAGUUGCUGUAGAAAUUGGCAUGUCACUAGCUAAGUAUUGGAUGAAUGUUUUGCUGGCUCAUUAAAACCCCCUAAGGUCAAUGUCGGUGCCCCCGCUGGAAUUGAAUUUGCAUAAUAAAUAAAAAUUCCAUAAAAAUCAGUCCGUUUAAGCUAGAGAUAUCCGUUGUUUUGCAUUGCAUGCGUCUCAAUCCACAGCAUCCGCCUUUGUCGCAUUUCCGCAUUUGCUAGAAAUUGUCUGUAGCGUUCGAAUGGUUUGGCCUAAAGUCUCAUCUAUGGAAAGAUGAGACUCUCACGAACAUGAUGGUGUUCUCCGUGUUGCUCUACGACCUCUACACUAUCAGGCGACUCGUCUGAAGUCGGUCCAGCCGAUCUGCCAACUUCUGUCUGUAGCGUCCGAACCGUUUGGGCUACAUGAUGCUAUUAUGACCCCUAUGUGCAAAGGUGAGACUCUCGCGAACAUGUACAUGUCAGUUGUUUUGCUCUAGGAUGCCCACAGACCUCACAAGACUCGUCUGAAGGUCCCCCGGUACCAGUUGAAAACCAGACAGGGCUUAGACUCUGAUGGGUUAACAAACCGCCAUGUUAAUUUAAUUGGCUACUGGUUUAAGAGCUUCCGUGUUGCAUGUAUUGUGUUGCUUAGAUGUUUUAUUAUUUGACUCUUUUGAGGAAAAUCCACUGGUCUGAAAAGUUUCUGUUGUUUCCUGGAAAAACUUCAACAACGCCAACCGGCCAGGUAGCUAAUCCAUACAACAUGUAGAUUCAAUCAACAUUGAUGAUCCGAGGGGAAGAAUCAAGGACCACAAAGGGGAAAAUAAUAACCAUUUUUCGCACCCUCCCGCCCCCUCCUUUUGCUUGUGUCCAUUAAAGCCAUUCAUCUUCCGCCUGCUAGUGUCAAAUCGGCUGUAACAAUCAACUGUCCUCACACUCCACGGUACUAAUCCUCCUGCGUUUGUCAAUACUAAUGCUCUCCAGCCCAGGAAGGGGCUGUCUGGAAGUGUGGCGGCUAAUUGCCUGUGAUGUUCCUUUUUUCCUGUCUAAAUUGAUUAGCUGGGCACGUGCCAGGGUAUUCCAAUGUUACCAUUUCACUUCUCAGAAUUGAACUGCAGAAAUCACAUUUUUGAGAAUCAGAUGGAAGGGGAAUGAAUACAUUUUCUACUUGUCUACUCGAUUUUGGUCUCUGAUAGACACUCCUGCUUGAACAUUUUUAAAUGGACAUCAGGAGGUGUGCAUUUCUCUCUCUCUCUCUCUGUGUCUCUCUCUGUCUCUCUCUCUCUCUCUCUCUCUCUCUCUCUCUCUCUCUUUCGUAUCUGUCUAUGCACAGCUGGCUGGAAUCUUGUUGUUAAAUAGAUGUAAAAUCUGAGGGUGUUUUCAUCCAAUAAAUAUGGAACUGUGACAAUCAUUGGUAGUAAUUAUUACAUUAUAUUUGUUCUGUUCUAGAACGUUUAG